AUGUCAAGCGGGAGUUGCUCAGGGCCGGGUGUUUGUGGUGGGGCGAGACGAAGGCCUCCCCCCCCUCCCGAGCCUGCCCUGUCCUUGGCUGCGGACUUGAGUGAGCUAAGUCUCGACCAGGGCUACCACACCCUGGCUGACUGCGGCCCACCAAGGAGGAGGAGGGAUAACACGCUCACUGAUGCUCUGUGGCUGAAGAUACUUUCCUACCUAGAGGUGUCAGAUUUAUGUCGUAUGUCGCGGGUGUGCAGACGUUGGUCUCGUUUCGUGGCCAGGCUGACUGCGAGACCUGAACCCUGGAGGAGAGUGAGGGCUUCUGGUCCUUUGGAGGUUGCUGCACGCUGCGCGGGUGCUAGAGCUGGACCCUGCGUUACUGCUGUUAGGGAAUGGAGGUCCAAGACCUGUUCUGUGACGGUGGCUGGAGCACAGUUAUUAGCGGCGACCUUCAGGAACUUAACUCAUUUAGCUUUAACGAACUCAAAUACGGUGGACGCAAGAGCGUUGGCCCCAAUUAUCACAGAUUUAGUUGACCUGCGCCACGUUGAUUUAACAGGCUGUCCAAAUAUGGAUUGGCCAGAGUGGAAUUGGCUGGAAAGUCGUCUUACCAAUAGGCGGCCUCCUAUAGAGUACAUAGACCUUACUGACUGCACCUCUGUCACUGACGCCGGCCUCUGCGCUCUCCUACACACCUGCCCUUCAUUACAGUACCUUUAUCUCAGGAGAUGUACUCUAGUCACUGAUGCAGGAGUCAGAUGGAUACCUUCAUAUUGCGCUCUCAAAGAACUGAGUGUGUCUGACUGUACAGGGGUCACGGAUUUUGGUUUAUACGAACUUGCGAAACUGGGACCAGCGUUACGAUACCUAUCCGUUGCUAAAUGUUCUCAGGUAUCAGACUCAGGGAUCCGUACUCUAGCACGUCGCUGUUAUAAGUUGCGUUAUUUGAACGCUCGUGGUUGUGGGGCCUUGGGUGAUGAUGGAGCCGAAGCUAUUGCCAGGGGGUGUUCAAGAUUAAGAGCACUGGACCUUGGCGCUACUGAUGUAUCGGAGGCUGGGCUACAGAUUCUAGCCAGAUGCUGUCCGAAUCUAAAGAAGCUGGCGUUGAGAGGCUGUGAGCUCAUCGGGGAUGAUGGUUUAGAAGCUGUUGCGUAUUAUUGUAGAGGUUUGACACAGUUAAACAUACAAGACACGCCGGUCACAUUAAGAGGUUACAGAGCUGUAAAGAAGUACUGCAAGAGAUGUGUCAUAGAACAUACCAAUCCAGGUUUCUGUUGA